UAUAGAUCUCAGAAAAGGCAGAAGCUUCAGCAAAUGGAAAAGCAGCUUAAAAAAGCCAGUUUCGAUAUGCAGCUUGUUAGGCCAACAGUUGGUUAUCCAAGCUUAGAAAAAAUACAGCCAGGUUUAUUGGAAGCUAUUGUUCAAAUUGUUUCUUCAGAUAGACAGGCUGAUGAUAGACAGCAUUUAGAAUUAAUAUGA